AUUAUAAAAUAUUUAUUAAAUAUAUUAUUAUUAUUAUUCAAAUAAUUUUUAAUUAUUUAGAUAAAAUUGAGCUAUUACGUCAGCUGUACAAGCGGACACUCUAAUUAGUUAUCACAACAGUCUCUGUAAGAGAAGUCGCAAAUACAGUACAAUGGAUAUUUUUUCUCAACUUAGAGUUUCAUAUCUCACAAGCUCACUUGCUCAUUGCAACUUGUGCUCUUCGACUUAUCGAUCACGGUUCUUAUCACUACAAAAAUCAAAAUUAGGUACCAUGCAUUGUAAAUUCUCAAUCAAAUCCUCAGCUCUCAACGACAAGGUUGUACCUUUACAAAGUGAUGAUAGGAGUAAAAGUUUGGAGCAAGUAAUAAGAAAAAGCCGAGAAGUAUUGUUAAAGUCGAAUGAUCCAAUUGCAACAUUAAAGAUGAUUGACUCAAUCCAAGGAUUAGGAAUUAGUCACCAUUUUGAAGAUGAAAUCAAUAUACAACUUGGAAGGAUAUGCAAUUGGGAUGCUUCUCAAGACAUCUUUGCAACAUCCCUUCAAUUUCGCUUGCUAAGGCAUUAUGGAUACCCUACAACUUCUGACAUAUUCAGGAAAUUUUUGGACAAGAGUGGAAAUUUCAAGGAAUCAUUCACUAAAGACAUAUGGGGUAUGUUGAGUCUAUAUGAGGCAUCAUAUUUAGGGACAGAAGAUGAAGAAGUAUUAAAGAAAGCCAUGGAAUUUUCAAAGACUCAUCUAAAUGAGUUAAUCCCAAACCUUGCCCCUGAAGUAGGUAGUCACAUUGCAAGAGCCUUAACAAUUCCAAAGCACUUAAGAAUGGUGAGGUUAGAAGCUAGAAACUACAUGGAAGAAUAUAGACAAGCAACUGACCAAAUACCAGCUUUUUUGGAAUUGGCAAAGUUAGACUCUCAAAUCAUUCAAUCAUUACACCAAAGAGAAUUAGAAGAAAUUUUGAGGUGGUGGAAAGAAUUGGGACUUGUGGACAGACUUGGUUUUGCAAGAGAUAGGCCAAAAGAGUGCUUCUUAUGGACAGUGGGGAUAUUUCCAGAACCAUAUUAUACAAAUUGCCGUAUUGAAAUUACAAAAACCAUAUGCAUUUUGGAUAUUAUAGAUGACAUCUUUGACACUUAUGGCACAUUACACGACCUUGUUCUUUUCACAAAGGCAAUCAAAAGGUGGGAUCUUAAUGCAAUGGAACAGCUACCUGAAUAUAUGAAGAUAUGCUAUAUGGCAUUAUACAAUACCACCAAUGAAAUUGCAUAUAGAAUUCAAAAAGAACAGGGGCUAACAGUUGUUUCUUACUUGAAAAGAACAUGGAUUGACAUGUUUGAUGCAUAUCUUGAAGAAGCCAAGUGGUUCAACAGUAGAUAUGUGCCAAGUUUUAAGACAUAUUUGGAUAAUGGGGUGAUUUCUUCUGGAUCAUGCAUGGUCUUGGUGCAUGCUACUUUCCUCAUUGGUGAUGAUCUCUCAAAGGAAACAAUUUCAAUGAUGAACUCAUAUCCUAGACUCUUCUCUUGCACAGGAGAAAUUCUACGGUUAUGGGAUGAUUUAGGAACUUCAAAGGAUGAACAGGAAAGAGGGGAUAAUGCUUGUAGCAUACAAUGUUUGAUGAAGGAGAAUAACAUUUUAGAUGAAAAUGUAGCAAGAAAAAACAUAAGACUACUAAUAGGAAAAUUGUGGCGAGAGCUGAAUGGUCUUGCCAUGACCAAAACCGUACCUUUGUCUAUUGUCAAAGCUUCUCUUAACAUGGCUAGAACUUCUCAAGUUAUUUAUCAAUAUGGAGAUGAUAAAAGCACAUUUACUGUUGAUGAAUGUGUCCAAACAUUGAUCUUCACAUCACUCCCUCGCUAGCCAUUAUUAUCAAUCGCAUUCAUGAUGUAUAUUUAAGAUGAUAGUAAUUUCCAUAUGAUCAUUGUUCCCUUCAUUGCAUAUGAAAAUAUGCCAAUAAUCAAGGACAGGUCUAUGUAUAAUGCAAUAGGGGAAUUGUCUCCACUCCACCUUAUAAAUUUGAUUAAUCUAAUAUAUGUAAUAAUUUUAAUUCACUCAAUAAAUAAUUUAGUGUUA